AUGGGCCGCUACUCGGGCAGGAGCAGCAGGCUCAUCCUCAUGUGCGUGGUGAGCCUUGUGCUUUUUGCUGUUGAGAUCUCAGUAGCCUACGCUGGCAAUUCUCUUUCCUUAGCUUCAGAUGCCUUUGCUGUUCUCUCUCACCUGAUCUCCAUGAUCAUCGGUUUGUUCAGUGUUAGGUUCAGUCGCAUCAGGUGGCACAAGGCUAACACUUUCGGCUUCAGCCGGGCAGACGUGCUGGGAGCUUUUGGCAACUCUGUUUUUGCCACUGCUCUGAUGUUUAGCAUCUUUGUUGAGGCAGUCAAGAGGUUUAUCAAUCCUCAGAAGACUGAGAAAGCACUGCUCGUCCUCAUUGUUGGGAUUGCGGGUCUGUUCUUCAAUGUGUUCAACUAUGUAAUCUUCAUGGACUCAGGAUCAAGGCUUUCUUUUGGACUGUGUGGAAGAAGAUCAAAGUGCCAAAGAGCCAGCGUUUCUUCUUUGAAUGCAGGUGAUUCACCAAAUGACCAAAAAAGCCCUGAAGAGGGGCCUGAGAAGAAAAAAGAGAAAAAGUCUGAAGCCUUGAACAUCAGAGGUGUUCUUUUGCAUGUUAUGGGAGAUGCACUUGGAUCUGUGGUCGUGGUAGUUGCUGCUACAAUCUUCCAUGUACUUCCUCUGGGGAAUGCUCCAUGUAAUUGGCAGUGCUACAUCGAUCCAAGCCUGACAAUAAUUAUGGUGUUCAUCAUCUUGUCUUCUGCAUUCCCGCUUAUCAAGGAGACCUCAAUUAUUUUGUUGCAGAUGGUUCCCAAAGGUGUUAAUAUGCAACUACUGACCGACAGACUAGCUCAUGUUCCAGGGGUUAGCAGCCUUCAUGAGGUGCAUGUGUGGGAGCUUGCAGGUGGAAAGAAUAUUGCUACUCUUCAUAUCAAGUGCCAAACCCCUACUGAUUACCAAGAUGCUGCUUAUAAAAUCCGGAAGGUUUUCCACGAAGCGGGGAUCCAUUCUGUGACCAUCCAGCCCGAGUACAUGGACCACAAGACCUCCCAGCUACUGUGCAGCUCACCCUGCAUCUCAAAAACUUGUGACUCUCAGCUGUGCUGCAGUCAGCGGAAGCCCCCCAUGGCUAAAACUAAUGGCUAUACUGACAAAAACAAUAGUUGCCUUUCUGCACUGCCUAAAGACAAUGGUUCAAGUAAAAACGAUACUGAAAUCCCUAUUGAGUACCCACUGGCAGAGUAUAGCACUGAACACAUGAAAAAUUGUGGUGUGUCUGAUGAUAAGUCACAGUUGAGCAGUACACGACUUUAG